AUGUCCGACUCUGCCCAGCAACGUUUCGAGACUCUCCAGCUCCAUGCGGGCCAGGUUUCUGACCCUACGACUAAUUCCCGUGCUGUCCCGAUUUAUGCGACAACGUCCUAUACCUUCAAUGACUCUGCACACGGUGCCAGGCUCUUUGGCCUCAAAGAGUUCGGCAACAUAUACAGCCGGAUCAUGAACCCCACGGUCGACGUCUUUGAAAAGCGUAUCGCUGCCCUUGAGGGUGGUGUAGCUGCGGUUGCUGCGUCUUCGGGCCAAGCUGCCCAAUUCAUGGCAAUCUCCGCGCUAGCUCAUGCAGGAGAUAACAUCAUAUCCACGAGUAACCUGUACGGUGGUACUUAUAACCAGUUCAAAGUUCUCUUUCCGCGACUGGGAAUUACAACCAAAUUUGUUGAGGUUGACAAGGCAGAGGACAUCACUGCUGCCAUUGACGACCGCACCAAGGCCGUCUACGUUGAGUCCAUUGGAAACCCCCGUUAUAACGUCCCUGAUUUCGAGGCAAUUGCCAAAGUCGCCCACGAAAAAGGUGUGCCUGUCGUGGUUGAUAACACGUUUGGCGCUGGUGGUUACUAUCUCCGGCCCAUCGACCAUGGUGCCGACAUAGUUGUGCACAGUGCUACCAAAUGGAUUGGUGGACACGGCACAACCAUUGGAGGUGUUGUCAUUGAUAGCGGCAAGUUCGACUGGGGUAAGAACGCUGCCCGAUUUCCGCAGUUCACGCAACCAUCUGAAGGCUACCACGGGUUGAAUUUCUGGGAGACCUUCGGCCCCAUUGCGUUCGCCAUCCGUGUCCGCGUUGAGAUCCUCCGUGACCUCGGGUCUGCCCUAAACCCCUUUGCGGCUCAGCAGCUCCUUCUGGGCCUCGAGACCCUAAGCCUUCGCGCUGAACGCCACGCCACAAACGCAAUCGCCCUUGCCGACUGGUUGAAGAAGAAUGAGCACGUCAAAUGGGUCUCCUACCUCGGCCUUGAAGAGCACCCCAGCCACGCAAUCGCCAAGCGAUACCUCAAGCGUGGCUUUGGUGGCGUUUUAUCCUUCGGUGUCAAGGGCGAGGCAGCCGUUGGUAGCCAGGUCGUUGACAAUUUCAAGCUCAUCUCCAACCUCGCGAACGUGGGAGACUCCAAGACCCUCGCAAUCCAUCCUUGGAGCACGACUCACGAGCAAUUGACCGACCAGGAGCGUCUAGACUCUGGUGUCACCGAAGAUGGUAUCCGUAUUUCAGUAGGCACCGAGCACAUUGACGACAUCAUUGCUGACUUUGAACAAUCUUUCGCAACAACUUUUAAGACUGUUCGGAGUGCUUAG